AGUGGAGGUCCGGCGCCGAGGGCCCACAGCCGCUGCUGCAGCUGCCGAGACUCAGGCAUCGGUGAGGCAAAGGUGGUGCCAACAAAACCAUGGACAAGGCACGAGCAUCCCUUGAAACUAAAGAGUACCCGGACGGCGGCAUCCAGAGGGAUGGAGCACUCACUCUGGAAGAAUGGCAGGACAUGUGGGUGACCCACCAGAUUGGCUUCCAUCAGGAAGAAGGGCAUCGGUUACUCAAGAAGCAUUUGGAUACCUUUCUGAAUGGCAAGAGUGGACUCAGGGUUUUCUUCCCUCUGUGUGGAAAAGCAGUGGAAAUGAGAUGCUAUGCUGAAUUGAUGUUGUCCCUAACAGGAAAAGGGUUUCGCUACCUCCUGGCUAUUCUCCUUUAUGACCCAACUAAGCAUCCAGGCCCCCCAUUUUAUGUUCCAGAAGCUGACGUCCAAAUGUUGUUUGGUACAGUGUGCAACCUGCAUUGUCUUGAGGAUGUUGAUGUUUUUGAAGAACGAUACAGACAGUGGGGACUCGACUACAUGUUUGAAAAGUUAUAUCUCAUUACAGAAAAGUAAAUGAGACCAAAGAUUAAGUAACUCCAAUUUUCUUUUUACUUUUUAUUGUGAUUUAGGAUGGGGUUUGCAUGUGAGAUCAUCUUUGUAUCCAACAACUUCUACAGCUUGUCAAACUCCCAGUUGCCCUGAACACUCCUUUUGUUUUCUCUUCUCCCUCUUGUAAGAUAAUGUCCUUCGUUUUUCCCAUGUUCACAGUCCGUUGCUUCCCUGCCCUCCUCUCUGCCCCACCCCAUCAUCAACUUGUUUUGAACAUUGAAAUUUGUGCCAAGCUAUGAAAAGAAAAUGAUUGACACCAAAUAUUUUCUCAAAUCACAUGAAUGAUCUUUGGUCACAAAUAUGUGUAAUUUUUAAGGAAAACCCAAAACCACAUACUACAAAGUGGCUACCUUUUAAGAGGACCGUCUUAACUGAAGGCCAGAGCAAAUGCUACCUAGAUGGAUGCUUAACACAUUCCACAAAGCAUCUCUCAAGCUUCUGUAAGUGGAACUCUAUUGGCUGGUGAAGAUUGGCAGUGCCGUGGGCCGCCAAAAGAACAGAAGAAACCCGCCUUGGAAGAAGUACAGCCGGAGUGCUCCUUAGAAGCGAAGACAGUGAGACAUGUCACGUUUGAACAUGUUGCCGGGAAAGACCUGUCCCUGGAGAAAGGGCAUCGUGCUUGGUGCAGUAGAGCGGCAGCAGAAAGGAGAAAGGCCUUCGACAGGGUGAUCGACACGGUGGUGCAACGAUGGGCUCGGGUGACAGUGAUUGCCAGGCUGGCACAGAGCUGGGUGGCCCAUUCUGCUGGACAUUGGGUUGCUAUGCGUCGGAACUGGCCCAACACCUAACAACCAGGAGAAAUGUUUAUAAUCAGCAUGGAAUACGUGUGUCAUUGAAAAAGAAAGGCAGCGCAUAUAACUUAGAAAUAGACUUUGGCAACUGGACCGUUUUGGGUAAAAUUUAGAACGAAUGAUGACUUUAAUGCAUUAAUGAAGUGCAAGGUAGCAGAAAGUGGUCUGCAUAAUUAUAUAAAAUAUCAGCUUUUACUGUAAUGGCUCAUUAUCCUUAAAUCACACACUCAUUUUCACUAUCUCCUUAUAUAAUAAUUUAUAUGAGAAACAAAAUUGAAGGUAUCAACCUAUAUGAAGCAAAGUACUUUUUAAUCCUCUGAAAAUUAAACUUUUUCCUGAA